AUGCAGACUCGCUGGACCAGGAGACCGAGAUACUCCCGACAGACUCAACAGACUACUCUGGGAAAGUCUGUCGAGGGAAACCUAGCAAUCCAGAAGACCAAAGCGAGCAAUUGUGAAUUCGCUGUCGAUGCCUCUCGUCCGGCCUACAUUCUCCAAUUACCAGAUGAAGUCCUGAGCCUAAUCCUCGAGUUUGCUAUAACGGAAACAGACUCAUGGCAUAAAGAGUCGCCUUACAACAAGGCUUUAAUACCGGCUCUGGCUUAUACUUGCCAUCGAUUCAGUCGGAUCAUAAUUUCUUUCAACUACCACACCUUACAUAUGGCAUUUCCUCGGCGAAUGAUCUACCCAGUCUGCAAAACCAGAAAACUGGUAAAGACUCUGGAGGCGAAUCUUUCCCUGGGCCGGUUUUGUCAAAGCCUCUCACUUUACAUGUCCGACGUCUGUCCAACUCGUGUCAAGACAGACUCUGAGUGCCUUGAUUUGAUUAUCCCUGAGUUGAAAAAUGUCAAGUAUCUUACGGUGCAUGGUGGCUUUGAACCCGGCUCGAAGAAUCACACUUGGGAUAUCAUACAGAGGUGUUCAAAACACAUGCCACGGCUCGAACAAGUUCUCCUUGCAAGAGAGGCCUUCACAGGACCAGGCUUUGCCGACAUCCUACAAAAUCUGCAAAUACCCAUGCUUCAAGAAUUAUAUAUUCACGGCAGCUCCGAACCAAAUACCGACGUGUCAGGUGCUGAAGUAGCCAAGCCCGUUCAAGCUUCAGAUCUAACGAAGCUCCACCUAUCCGACUUCAAAGACACAUCAGCAACAAUGAACACACUCAUCCACUGGCCAAAAUCACUCUUCGAGUUCUCCAUCGAAAACAUCCACAGCGACCCAGACCACAGAGACUCGCACCCAAACUACCUGGACUUACCUCUCCUCCGAAAAAUGCUUGACGAACAUAGAGAUACCCUGACCACCCUCAGCAUCGGACCAUUAUCUGUUUCUGGCCGGGGAAGACUUGCCAACCUCUCCGACCUCUCGGCUCUACACACCCUAUCUCUAUCACGGUGGCAGUUGGGUGGAGAACUAGAUGUCUCAUCUGACGUUGCCUCCCAACUAUUAGGACCCAGUCUUGAGCUGUUUGUCUGGGAUUUCACCCUCUACGACCAGACACCACAAAAGUGGUCUGAUUUCGGAACACAGGAAUCAUUGUGGAUCAUGAAUCUAGCUCAGGAAGCAGUGGAGAGACGCUCACCACUGAAAGAGAUUAGGAUCCAGUUCUCGCCGGUGAUGCCAGCUUCCGAAGAUGAGGACUAUCCGUGGGACUUCAUGGAUGAUUUGAAUCUUCAGUUUCGGUCGCAGGGUGUUACUUUCACGUAUGUCGAGCCUACGAUGUCGAAGGAGGCUUUUUCGAAUCGGUCCAAGCCGACCGAGUGA